AUGAGUAAAAGAUCUAACUUACCCUACACUACCCAGGACCUAUUCCCGAAAGUGACUCCAGGACCAAGCUCGACUAGGCUCUCAUCUUUGGGCAAUGCUGGAGACAGUAACGGAUCGAUUGCAGGUGGAUCAUAUAUCUCGUCUGCUUCUUCAGCUUAUAAUGAUAAUACAUUCACUCCUCGUCGAAGCAAAUUCAAACUACAGAAUUUUGCUAAAAUGUUGAAAAGACUUUUCAAACCCACAACUCUAGAUUUUGAAACUGCAAUUUGGGAAAUGCUAAAUCUUAUAAUAAAUCCUAAAAAAAUGUAUCGAUCACAUUACUAUUAUAAACAACAGCUGUCAUUAGAUGGCAAAUCUAGUUAUUCUCGAGACGACCCAUCAUUUUUGAUUCUAUUGACGCUUUUUCUAUCUAUCAGUGCUGUCGCAUGGGGUAUUGCUUAUAGUCCGCAUCUUUGGGAUAUAUUCAAACUUAUUAUUUAUAUGGUUAUGAUUGAUUUUUACUUAACUGGGGUAGUUAUUGCUACGGUCUCUUGGUUAGUCACUAAUAGGCUUUUCAACGGUACAAGUGUCAAUAUGGCAAAAUAUAAUGUAAACUACAUCGAAUGGGGGUUCUGCUUUGACAUUCAUUGUAAUUCAUUUUUAGUGAUUUGGUGCUUAUUAUACAUUUUGCAAUUUUUACUAUUGCCUCUUUUGAGAAUAAAAAAAUCUUUUUUUUCAUUAUUACUUGGUAAUUCACUAUACUUUGGUGCCAUUGGGUAUUACUUCGUCAUUACAUUCUAUGGUUUCAAUUCCCUUCCAUUCAUAAAUAAUAGUAAUAUCUAUAAUGUUAAAGGCUCAAGUGGAACUAAUCCUGCCAAGUUACUUCAAAUGAUCAUAUUGGUCGGGAUAUUACCAGUAAUUGCACUCUGUUGGUUUCUAAGCGUAUGCUUUAGAUUCAAUGUUGCAUAUACUAUGGUGGAUACUUAUUUUAAUUGA